UGUUGGAGCGCAGGGAGGUCAUGAGUCUUUUUUGCCCGUUCUUAUGUUCAAGGCCAAAGAAGAAGUGAGAGGGAGCAUCCAUCUUGGCAACAUGCUGGAACCGGGAGCGAACCAGAGCACCUUGAGCAGAAAAACCCAACAGGUGCUGCAUUGUUUUCAACCCGAAUGUACAUUCCAUCAAACUCCAGCUUAUAUAGUAUAGAGUAUAUCCAGAGUAUAUAAGAUGCUGCAGGUGGAUGUGAGAGGCACCCGGGACACAGACCAGUUCUCUGCAUCAUGGCUUCCACAGCGGUGCUCCUACUUCAGCUGCUCCUGGUCUCACUGGCGUCUGCAUCACAUCUAUUAGGGACAAGUGCGACCUACACCUACAGAGGACAAAACCCUGAUGGAACCUACAAGGUGGACCUUCACAGCAGGUCAAUCUUCAAGACCUGUGACUACCUGUCGUGGAGUUGCUCUGGGAGCAACUGUCUCAAUGUCGUUAAAAGUCCGUCGGGUGUGAUUGACAAAAACACCAACACGCCAGUAACGACUUGUGAGACUGAAACAGUUUUCACGACUAAUGUUAGCAGUGACAAACCUUUUCAGAUGAGGGCAAGUGGCUGCUGUUGGCGCUCAACGGCCAAUAAUGUUGGCAGCUGGUAUCUGCUCACUGAGGUAGAUCUUGGAAAGAGGUCUGACACCGGGAAACCAAACAGAUCACCAGACAUCGGCCUCCUACCUUUCCUCCGAGUUCCUCAGAACUGCCCUCGGACAUACAAGCUCACGUCUUUUGAUCCUGAUGGGGACAAAGUUCAAUGUCGAUAUGGAAAGGUCAGCGGGACGGAAUGCGACAAGUGCAACCUGCCACCAGGCUUCCUCUUAGACCAGGAGGGAGAUUUCCUGCCCAAGCUUCUGCCCCCAACACCUGCAAAUGGAGCUCAUUUCCUAGCAGAGGUCAACAAGGAAUUGGAAAUCAGAGUCAAAGCUCAGGCCAAACAUGCAACAAUAAAUAAUAUCAUCGUCAGUGGGCCGGCGAACAUCAGCAAGCACCAGACCACACCGGGAGAGUUUGUCCUCAGGUGGACGCCGCUCCCAGAUGACCACGGACAACAUUUUGUGAUCUGCUUUGCUGUUGAAGCAGUCAAACCGCCUGCCGUCUAUCAGUCCGAGAUGAGGUGUGUUCUUGUGGAAGCCAGGAGUGAAAAAGAGGGCAGAAAAACACCGGCCUGA